CAUACCAGUCUGUUUCCGGACAUGGAUCGACUGUUAACUGUGGCCCUUCUAGUUAUUCCAGUUUAGAAAGAUGCAAUUUGCAAGGCUAAUGGUCACGUUUUUCCGACACGAGUGUUUGGUUUAAGGCCUUCUGUUGUGAGUAGGGACCUCUGCUGCUGGAUGCUUGUGUUCAGGUUUGUUAUAUAAGUAGGCUGGGUUAAUCAACUUUGGCGCCUUUCUACCUACUUGUGCAAUACUUGAUGGACGAGUCUGCCCCCGUGCUUCUCAGAAAGCAGCUGGAAAAGCAGAAGAGAGCCAAAUACACUUAGAGGAAGAGAUGACUCCUGGGAUUCAGGCAGUGGUCCGUGCUACCCAAGCAUGGCUGCAGUCCUCCUGGCAUGUCCAGGUGCCCUUUGCCUGGCUAGAAGCCUGUGUGGAGUGGCUACAAGGAGAGGCAGGAGGAGAAGCUCAUCUGUCACAGCAGCAAACCAACCAGCAGGCGCUGGACCAAUGGCUGUUAACAGACCUCAGAGACCUGGACUUUCCUGUCCUGCCAGAAGGGCUCGCUGAAGCCCAGAAGACUGAGCUCAGUGGCAACUUCUGCGUCCAGGUCGACUCAUUAUUGGACAUCAGUCAGCCGGCGUAUGGUCAGCUGCAGAAGUGGAGGGGCACAGAUUGUGUCAAUGACGAGGUGUCUGCAGUCACACAGACCACCCAGAGGCCCUGGGAAGCCAAACCCACCCGUAUGCUUCUACUGCAGGUGACAGAUGGAGUUCAGAGCCUGGAGGCUAUGGAGUAUCAGCCAAUCCCUGCUCUCAGCGCGGCACUCAGGCCCGGUGCAAAGCUGCAGCUGCAAGGAAAGAUAGUUUGCAGACUUGGUGUUUUGCUUUUGGGGCCGUCCAACAUCAAAAUCCUCGGUGGUGAGGUCGAAGACCUGGUGGACAGGAAUAACCAGGGCAGGGUGCUGUGUCGGACACUGGGACUUCCUGAGCAGGAACAGGAAGGAGAGGAGGCUCCAGCACAACAACAAGGUAACCAGGAAGUGGAUGAUCUGGAUCUUGAUGAUGCAGAGCUGUUAGCCAGUCUCGAGGCCCAAGAGGAAGUUGAAAUGCUUCAGGUUGAACCUGCCCGAGACAGCGGCUACAGCACGCUGCAUGAGGCUUCCACUCAGUCUUCGAGAAGCUCGUCCAUCAGGAGCCUUGUCCCAGCCGCUUCGUCCAGAAGUGAACUCUCCACCCGCUCUGACAGAGGUGGCUCGACCCGAAGCAGCAGAAAUGGUUUAGACCAGGGUUACCUAAAUGAUGACGAACACGUGGAAGCUGACCUCUUUGACUCAGUUCCCCCCGAUGCAGUUCAUCAACAGAUCCAAGAUCACAGCAUGGCAGACGAAGACUUUCCUGACGAAGACUUUAACGACCUUCCCCUGGAGGAGCUGGACAGUGUGAUUUUCCAGGAAAAUGAAAGUGUCCCCACACCAUCUGACAGCAGUUACAGAAACACACCACGGAACAGCAGAAUAACAGGAAAUCCCAACAGAGCAACAAAACCCCAAGCUGCUCUGUUUGAAUCAUGCACUUUGAGUGGCUCUGGGCCACGACUUGGGUCUAUCAACUCCAGAUCCAGCGCACAGAAAAGGGACAAUAGAGAAGCUUCAGAGCAAUUAACCAAGACAACUCCCGAGCUAUUUCUUUCUCCAGCAGCUUCGGAGGCAGCACGUGAAUUAUAUUUGGCUGCUAAUGACGAGAUUGAUUUUGUGGAUGAAGAUAUGGACUGCAUUUUGGAAGAGGCAGAAACCAGUGGGAAGACUAGUGGACCAAAUGAGAUCCCUGUUCAGCUUAGGUCUAGUAGAGGCACCGAGAGCACUAGCUACGAAACAGAAGCUUCAAGGUCGUCCAAACAAAAUGCUCGGAGUGGCAGCCCAGUCCCUCCUGUCACUCUGACCUCUCCACCCUUUACAUACUUGUGCUUGCUAGAAAAUUUAAUGUCCAAACCACUUCUCCACAUCAUGGAGAUCCAUGUCAAAGCUUUCAUUGUGACUCUCUUGGGAAAACUGAGCAGCAGUAAUGGCGUUUGGAGUGUUUCUGCUACAAUAUCUGACGGGACCGGUUACCUGGACGUGGAGCUGUCCAAUGAAGUUUUGACAGGCCUUCUGGGCUUCUCGGUAGCAGAGAAGGGAGCCCUGAAGCGUGACCCGUCUCGGAGAGGUGAGCUGGAUGCGGGGAUGAGGAGAUGCCAGGAAGAGCUUGUGGACAUGUGCUGCAUUAUGACUGUUAUUGUUCAACUGGAGGGCAGGAAAGCGGUGGUGACCAAAGUGGACCCCGUCAGCGAGAAAACACUCCAGGAGCUCGAGCAGAGGGUGAGGGACGGGAGAAAAUAAACAGUGGUUGAGGGGAAGUGGGCGAUAAUGAGAAAAUUGCAGGCAGCGGAAAAGUAUAUUGCUCUUAGGCAGAGAUAAAAAAAAUUGCCAACAAAACUGUGGCAGA